AUGAAAACAAACAGCAUUCCGGAAGCUUAUCAUCGUCGAAUCGGCUUGGUUUUUCAAUGUUCGCAUCCAACGCUUUGGUCCUUCUUAGAGAAGUUAAUUGAAGAAGAAAAUGCGACACAUAUGGAUAUCCUACACAUUAAUGCUUGUCAAGCACCCAAAUUGAAAAGUAAAAGAAAUGAACGUUUUGAAAAACGUUUGUUAAAUCUUAUUUCUAACCCGCAUACCGAUGUUUUAAAACAACUUGAUUCUAUUACAAGUAAUGCAUCAUUGUAA